AUGGAUUCAAGUUCCUGGCCGGCAUUCUCUCGUGAAGGCCAAGAUAAAAUCUUUCACCCAGUCAUUGAGCAUGGUGCCGUGACCGCCACAACACUCGUAAACGACAACGGGCGGCUUGUUUGGUCUAACCUGCUGAAUUCAGAUUUGAAACGAGCACUGCGUGCAGGGCCGCCUACACUGGUUUAUCCUGCGACGCGUCUUCCGCCAGUUUCAGAACAUCAAAUUGGCAUUCGCCAGCAGGCAGAGCAAGGAGCGAAUUUCUUGCGUAUGGAGUUACCUGACGUUGAUGUAGCUGCGGACCUCAUAAGAGGCAAACUCACUGAAGCGGCAAAACUUCAGCAAGAGUGGGACAUUUUCGAUCCACUUGUGGGAAAUCAACUCGAUUGUGUUCACGGGCAAAAUCUUGCCGUGCUUGCAUUCCCUACUGGCGAACUUGGCCGCGACCUCAAUCUUUCGCCUCUAACCCGACAAACUGGCAAAUGGGAAUUCAAGCCGUUUGCGCAAGCAACACAGUCAUACGACACCCCAAUUCUUCAAAUAUCGGCCAUUCGAACGGCGGAGUCAAAGCUUGAGCCAUAUAUCGCCGUUCGCACUUUUGGAGGAACCUCGUUAUUAGAAAUCGGCGUCGAUAAUGGCCAAUUGUCGACCAUGGAGUCAGAUACCAUCAGGUCGUCAAGCACUGGAGAGAAGCCUGUCGUCGAUGUGCAGCUAUAUUCCCCUAGCCAUGUCCAUCUGGUCAACAGUAGCGGCAUAGUCUAUCAGUGGGACCCCAGCUUCGGCAGCACAACAUCAGAGAUUUUCACCUCUGAUCAGAUCAAGUCCGAUAUCUGGCGCUUAGGGUUAACCAAUGACCCUGAUGUUUUUCUCUUGAUGUCAAAGAGUAACCUGACGAUGGUAGAUUCAAGGACUUUUCAAGUCGCCCAAACCGUCUACGAUACCUCAUCGAACGAAGUUUUGACUGCAAUGGAAACACAUUUUUCUGAUGUUUUUCGAAUUUGUACAAGCAAUCAAGCUCUGUGGAUAGACCGCCGUUAUACUAAACGGCCACUCGUGGCGUUCAAGCAUGGUAGAGCAUUUGACCGCUCUAUGGAACUGAAUACUGUCUUAAUGGAUGAUGGGCCACUGACUAUUCUUUCCUCUCGUAAACAUGGCUUAUUGACGGUGUACGAUGUUGAUGUAUCUGGCAACACAAUCAGAGAGGUUCAUGCACCAUAUGCCUUGACGGCUUCUGCUGGUGGAUAUCAAAAAGGACAUUUCUUUCUAGGCGACUCCACUACGGCAACAUACUUCAGAUUAUCAGACACUGGCUCUAUCCAGGCCUUCAACCUGUCUUUCGACGUUCCCACCAAUGUUUCGUAUACCUGGUCAGAGGAUGUCACGCGGUUGCACUUGGACUCAGCCUACCUCAAGGAUGAGUUCAGCGAUCCUGCCCCACCUGCUGAGGAGACCAUGCUCGACAUGCGUCAGGUUUACAAACGAUUCCUACGAGAACCUCAAGAAACGAGAUCUGAGGAAGAAAUUGCAGAAAGUUUUUAUGACCUCGUUGAGAGGGCGUCCUCCUUUUGGCAAGAAAUGAACGAGCCUGUUGAUCACAUCCUUACAUCCUACGAUAUUCUUUUCCGUUCUGGCGAGGAGCCCAAUCAGUCCAGCCGAGCCGAUUUUUUGGCUGAAAGCGUGCUUAAAACUAAAAGAGGAUUUCGUUCUUUCUCUCAGGGUCGGGUGUCGUCCAGCGCACUACAAAAAGACGCGCCAUGGGUGCAUGAUCUCAGCCAAACCUUGAAUAAACUGGACGGGGAAUUCGGCCCUGAUAUUCGCUCACUUACUGAGGUCCACCUCAGUCGAUUCGAUCUGAAGGCUGACCCACAGCGGUCGAUCGAAUCGGAGCGACGUGAAACGACUGCACGCGAACAACUAGCCCUCGACCUCGAAUUGUCGAGACAUAUAUAUUCUCCUCACGCAUUUGCAUCUCCUUCCAGCGAUUUGGAGUCUAUGGCCCAAACAUUAUCUCUCGAAGACAAGACUGAAUUUGGAUAUUUACGUCCUAUCUUAAAGGAAGAGGACAGUCUACGGCUCCCAAAUGCGGUACGGCUUAUUACACGGGACUGGGCUGUUGGGCAAGACCCUUCUCAUUUUGUUUUCCGCGAACGCUCCGACAUGGUGGACGAAGAGCAUUCGCCUAAACAGCAGCGGGUGCGGAUUGAGGAUUUUAAAAUCGAAUCCCAAAAGCCGCCAACGCUUGUUGUCGCCUCUUCUCAGAGGCCCGCAGUUGCGGCUAGCCAGCCAGUACAACCUUCGAUAAUGUUUGGAAGUCAACCCAACAUGGAUAUGGACUUUGGACUUGCGGGAGUUAGUCAGGAUUUCAUGGCGAGCACGCAGCCUAUGCCUGGUGUGUACGGAGGACGACCAAAAAAGCCGGUUAAGAAACGAGUAGGAGGAUUUUAG